CCCAGCUGCGGCAGGGACUGCUCCCCACGCUGUGCUCCCCACGCCGGCCUCGCUUGGCCAACUACUCCACACCUGCCGAGCCCUCCCGGGUCCGCGCGCUGGUCUAUGAGCACCACGGGGACCCAGCCAAGGUCGUCGAUUCAUAUGGCAUCCCAGGUGUACGGCCUCGGCCUCAAUGGACCCAUUGUGACCUUAUCCCGCUUGGGAUCUGACGCAGGAGGACAGUGGCAUCCCUCCGACUUGCGCGGCGCCAUGACACUCACAGGGGAAGGACAUGAGCAGUCGGGGAGGUGACCUGAGACCCAGCCAGACAGCAUGGGCGCCUCGUUGGCUCUCUUACCCCGCAGCCACUGUGCCUUGGACUGAAGAACCAGGAGCUAGCUGCUAUGGGCGGAUCGGACGUCCGUGUGAAGAUGCUGGCAGCCCCUAUCAAUCCAUCUGACAUAAAUAUGAUCCAAGGAAAUUAUGGCCUCCUUCCCGAGCUCCCUGCCGUUGGAGGGAAUGAAGGCGUUGGCCGGGUGGAAGCAGUGGGCAGCGACGUGACUGGCUUGAAGCCGGGGGACUGGGUAAUUCCAGCCAAUGCCGGUUUGGGCACCUGGCGGACCGAGGCUGUGUUCAGGGAGGAAGCACUGAUCAGAGUCCCGAGUGACAUCCCUCUUCAGAGUGCUGCCACGCUGGGCGUCAACCCCUGCACAGCCUACCGGAUGCUGAAGGACUUCGAGCAGCUGCGGCCAGGAGAUUCCGUCAUCCAGAAUGCAUCCAACAGUGGAGUGGGGCAAGCGGUCAUCCAGAUCGCCGCAGCCCUGGGCUUGAGGACCAUCAAUGUGGUCCGAGACAGACCCGACCUCCAGAAGCUGACCCAGAGACUGAAGAACCUGGGGGCUGAGCAUGUUUUCACAGAAGAGGAACUCAGAGGACCUGAGAUGAAAAGCUUCUUUAAGGAUGUACCUCCGCCCCGGCUUGCUCUCAACUGUGUUGGCGGGAAAAGCUCCACAGAGCUGCUGCGGCAUCUGGCGCCCGGAGGAACCAUGGUGACCUACGGAGGGAUGGCCAAGCAGCCCGUCAUCGCCUCCGUGAGCCUGCUCAUUUUUAAGGAUGUCCGACUUCGGGGCUUUUGGUUGUCCCAGUGGAAGAAGAACCACAGUCCAGACGAGUUCAAGGAGCUGAUCCUCACGCUGUGUGAGCUCAUCCGCCAAGGCCAGCUCUCAGCACCCGCCUGCUCCGAGGUGCCCCUGCAGGACUUUGCGCAGGCCUUGGAAGCAUGCAUGAAGCCCUUCGUGUCUUCCAAGCAGAUUCUCACCAUGUGCUGACUCCGGAGGCGAAGUGGUGGGGAGCCGGACCCACAGACCUGGUCUCAGCUGCCACUCACAGCUCCGCUCCUCACCAUCACUUCCAGCUCUGAGAAUUGUGCUGCUGGCCAAGGCUUCCCCCGGGGUAUGUAAAAUAAAAGUCUGAACUUCCUAGAACCAACCUAACAGAAACUAACAGCGGAGCUGCCAACAGCUCCAAGGGCUGGAACCCGUUCUUUGCAUGAGGGGAAACCCCAGGUUUGAUCCCCUGCACCACAUGGUCCUCAGAGCACUAUUGGGAGUGAUCUAUCAGCACUGCUGCAGAGUGCGGGGGCCUCCCCACCCCGCCCAAGAAACCACAGCAACCUUCCCAACCAGGAGGCCCAGAGAAGUCCUCUUACUCUUUUUGUUGUUGUUGUGUUGUGUUUUGUUUUUCAUUAGGGGACAUAUCCAGUGCUUCCCAUGCAAAGCAAGCACCCUACCCACUGCACCAUCUCUCCAGUCCCUUUGCAGCUUGUUUUGCCUAAGAAUCUUCUAUUUUAUUUCAAUCCACGGUAUCUGGGGUUUCUCUGAACCUAAUCCUAAUUGACAUUCUCUGAUUGAAUUUAUACUGAAAUCAGCUGACCCAGUGAAAAAGUAAAUUGUGAACGUUUGUAAUUCCAGCUAGGAAAUUUGGACUUAGCCUGUUGUCAAUAGAAAACAAAACAGUCUGACUCAAAAUACAUCACAUCCUCUACGCUUUACAAA